AUGACAAACUUCCACGGCAUCUCCCUCCACAUGACAGUCUACAUUGACCCAACGAAUCUCCCAGCAUUCUGGAAGGCAUUCAAACCAGUAUACGAGCAUGUCAUCGCAGAGCCCGAAUGCACCUUCUUUGAAGUGUAUCAAGACCCUGAGAACCCAGGGACAAUCACAUGGGUGGAAAACUGGUCAAAACCAAAGGAAUGGCUUGUUGAGGUCCAGGCCAAUAAGCCGUACUAUAAGGAGUACUUUGCGGCGACGGUGCCGUUGUACCUCAAGCCUCGAGAGGUCAAGGUGCUGGAUCGUGUUGGGGCGCCGUAUGCUGCGGUGAAAAUGGAGAAUGGGGGCUAUAACGUAUGCACUUAA